AUGGCCAGUGUUGUACCCGUAACUAAUUCUUGCCCUACACCUUUUGUUUUUUUCCAUUUAGAAAAAUUGGAAGCUGCACCACCCACUCCAGGACAGCUGAGAUAUGUAUUCAUCCACAAUGCGAUACCUUUCAUAGGGUUUGGCUUUUUGGAUAAUGCAAUUAUGAUUGUUGCAGGAACCCAUAUUGAGAUGUCUAUUGGCAUUAUUUUUGGAAUUUCAACUAUGGCAGCUGCUGCUUUGGGAAAUCUUGUGUCAGAUUUAGCUGGACUUGGACUUGCAGGCUAUGUUGAAGCUUUGGCUUCUAGGUUAGGCCUGUCGAUUCCUGAUCUCACACCAAAGCAAGUUGACAUGUGGCAAACACGUGUUAGUACACAUCUGGGCAAAGCUGGCGGGGUGACUAUUGGCUGCAUUCUAGGAAUGUUUCCUUUGCUUUUCCUUGGAGGUGAAGAUGAUGAAAAACUGGAAAAGGCAAAUUAACCCUCUUAGGAUAGCUAUAAAAAGAUGUAAACUAAUGUACCUCAAUUACUAAAUAUGCUGUCACAUUUAGGAAUUAAGACAGUAACUGUAUAGAUACGGGAUCAAAUAAUUCAGCAUGUAUUGGAAAACACUAACUUAUUGUAGUUUGGUUUUCUUAGGACAUCUUUUUUUUUUUUUAAAAAAAAACUGUUUAGUAUCAUUUUGUGUAAAUUGCUGAGAUGCUUUUUCAUCAUUAGCAGGCAACAUUUUGCCUUUUCCUUCUCUUUAUAUAUCAAAAUAUCAUUUAAGAAUCAGUCACUGUUGUAUUGUUCUGUUCCUUAACAUGUGUUCAUGCAUGAAAGUUUAUGUUGUUCCCUGUAUUUAGAAUUCAACCUUCAGAUUUUUUUUCACCCAUAUUACUUAAGCUGUUUAAUAUCAGUUGCAGAUUUUUUUUUUUUACUCUGUUGGCAAAAUCACUUUUGUACUAUUUCGCAGAAAAUACAAUGAUAUGAUUUUAAUCAUUUUUAACUCACUAAUUUAAAAUGGAUGCAGACUUGGAGUAUUUUGUAAGUAUCUACUACUCAUUUUAAUUUCUGACAUAGUACUGUCUUAAGAGCCAGGGAGUAAUCAGAAUGAACAAUUAUGUGGUCUCCCUUCUACAUAAAGCCCUGUCUGUUAACAAGUG